AACUCCAUGGCCGAAAUCCGUCAAGUACUAUGGUCGGCGCCCAUUGUAAAGUUUCGGCGGUCAGUAUAAAUACCGCCGCCCGCGGUGCGACUGUUAGAUAAUUCGGCAAGUUCCUCCCGACAACAACUCACCACACCACCAGCAACAUGCAGGGACUCGUAGUAUUCGCCGCUGUACUGGCCUGCGCCGCUGCCGCCCCAGGUCUUCUUGUCGCCCACCAACCCGUGGUGGCAGUCCACGCCGCCCCAGUGGUCCACGCUGCCGUCCCAGUUGUGGCCGCCAAAACCACCAUCACCAAGAGCAGCCAACUCGUCAACCACGGAUCCCCAGUCGUUCACGCAGUCCACACCCCCGUCGUGACCGUCCCUGUUGUUAAGACCGCCGCAGUGGUACACGCUGCCCCUGUUGUAGCUGUCCACGCUGCCCCAGUGAUCCACACCGCCCCUGUGGUCCACGCUGCCCCAGUCGUCAUCAAGACCGCCCCCGCCGCUAUCGCUCACAGCAGCUCAGUGGUCCACCAUGCCCCAAUCAAAGCGAUCCCCGUUGUUGCCGUCCAUUAAGUAUUCCAUUAGCUUACGAUCCUUAGAAUAAAUUGUUGACCUACCCUUAA